AUGUCCAGUGUAUUGAUGCCUCACUUGUUACUACAUCAUCAUCGUCAUCAUCAUCCUCCACCACCACCACCACCACCGCCGCCACCAUCACUCACAAUUCCAUUAAUUGAACCAGUACCACCUAUUCCACCACGUACUCAUUCACGACCAUCAUCAAGACAACAACAACAGCCACAAUCGCAAACAGUUCUAUCAGCAUCUAUUCGUAAAACUAAUAAUACUAGUUCGUUUCGACCUGAUGAUUUACCGUCGCCUGAUCGUGAAUGGCAAUUACUUGAAAAUAUUGGUGAUGGUACAUAUGGUGAAGUAUUUCGUGCAAGAAAUAUUCGAAAUCCAGAUUUUAAUGCUGCUGUAAAAAUCAUGCAUCCAACAGAUGAAAUCCUUGAAGAAAUCGAACAAGAAUAUCGUGUUCUCCUUGAACUAUCAAAUCAUGAAAAUCUUUGUCGUUUCUAUGGUGCUUAUUUAAAACGUGCCCCACCUCCUCCACCACCACCACCACCACCACCACCUCGAAAUCCAACGGAUCCAUCACAGCUUCUCAUCGAUAAAACAAGUCUUCUUUCAGUUGAAACUAAUGCUAUAACUAAUCUUGUCAAUCAAUCAGGCACAUCUAUGCCAUUACCAAUUGAUCAACUAUGGUUGGCCAUGGAAUUGUGUACUAGUGGAAGUGUUACUGAUCUAGCAAAAGCAAUACUAAAAGCAAAUCAACGUUUGGAUGAAUCAAUUAUUGCUUAUAUUAUACGUGAAACAUUAAAAGCUCUACAUCACCUCCAUUCAAAUAAUGUGGUUCAUCGUGAUGUCAAAGGUCAUAACAUUUUAAUCACAGGUGAUGGUCAUAUUAAAUUAAUUGAUUUUGGUGUAAGCGCCUAUUUAAAUCCAACCAAUGGACGGCGUAAUACUUCUGUUGGUACACCAUUUUUUAUGGCACCCGAAGUUAUUGCUUGUGAAAGGCAAAUGGAUUACGAUUAUGAUACACGUGCUGAUGUUUGGUCUACGGGUAUUACAGCUAUUGAAAUUGCUGAAGGUGAACCUCCACUUGCUGAUAUGCAUCCGAUGCGUGCACUUGUAUCCAUUCCUCGAAAUCCUCCACCAUGUUUACGUCAACCACAAGAAUGGUCCAAUGAGUUCAAUGAUUUCAUUCGACAAUGUCUAAUAAAAGAUUUCGAAGCAAGACCAACAGUAACAAAUAUGUUAUCUCAUCCAUUUAUAGUACAACUGCCAGCUGAUGGUUUUGAUGCUCGUCGUCGUAUCCUACAAAUUAUUCAUCGUUAUAAACGUUGUUAUGAUUUAUCUGGUAAGAAAUCUCGUGAAACAUGUGGCGUUAAAAAUGGACAUAUUCGAGGAAAAUCAGAAACAUGUUCAUCUGUAACUAUGGAUACAAAAACAAAGCAGUCCGUACCUUAUUCGCCCGUUGUUGAACCUCUUGUUCCACCACCGAAACGUAUUACACAUGUUAUCGGAAAACCAUAUCAUCCACCACAUCAAAUUAAUGAAAAUCAUAAACGUAUAGUUGAAAAUACAUAUCAUAACAAUGAUUUAAAUGCACAAAUACAGCAACCACAAAAUCAAGUAUAUAAAACAAAACGAAAAUCUCAAUCAAGACGACAACAAAAACAAAUUCAAAAACAAAUGAAUCAACAAAACGGUAAUGACACUUCAUUGCUACAAGAUAGUUCUAUGUCAUCGUCAUAUGACGAGAGAUCUGUUCGGCAUCCAUCAUUAACAAAAAAAUUUAGUAAUACAAAUUUUUAUAACUCAACAUAUGAAUCAGCCUAUCCCAUUAAUUCAUCAUGUAUGACAAAUGAUUUACCAUUAUGCAUACAACCACCGAUUCCAUUUUCAACCGAUGAUCUUGCACAAUUGGAAACAUUGGAUGAACAAUCAAUAAUAACUUAUAUGUAUAAUCGAUUUUUAGCCAAUCAAAUUUAUACAUAUAUUGGUGAUAUACUUGUCGCUGUAAAUCCAUUUCGUUCAUUACCAAUUUAUGGUAAAGAUGUUAUGAUGCGUUAUCGUUCGAGUGUUAAAAGUGAACAAGUUCCGCAUAUCUAUGCUUUAGCUGAUUUUACUUAUCAAGCAAUGUUACACGAUUUAGAACAUCAAUAUAUUGUUAUAUCAGGUGAAAGUGGUUCAGGUAAAACACAGUCAGCUAAUUUUCUCGUUAAACAAUUAACAUUUCUUGGUAAUGCACCAAAUAAAAGUUUACAAGAAAAAAUUCUUCAGAUCAACCCAUUAAUCGAAGGCUUCGGUAAUGCACGAACAAUUAUAAAUGAUAAUUCAUCUCGUUUUGGAAAAUAUCUUGAAAUGUUAUUUACAAAACAAGGACGUGUGACAGGCGCACGUUUAUCAGAAUAUCUAUUGGAAAAAACACGUGUUGUAAAUCAAGGACGCGCUGAAAGAAAUUUUCAUAUAUUUUAUUAUUUAUUUCAUGGUUUAGCAUCAUCAAUGCCAAAUGAUGCAAAAUCAUUUUAUCUGUCAACAAAUCAUACUUAUCGUUAUUUAACCACUGGUCUACAAGAUGAUCGUGAUUUAGCUGAAAGUUUUAAAUCGAAAUUUUCCACAAUUGAAAAAUGUUUUGAAAUUAUUGGCUUUCAAUACGAUGAAGUCAAAUCAAUUUAUCGAAUAUUAGCUGGUCUUUUACACUUAGGUAAUAUAAGUUUUCAUCAAAAUGAAGGACAUUUUAUUGAUGGUAAAACAUGUGUAACUGAUCAGCAUUUAUUACGAAUUGUUUGUGAACUAUUUGGUGUUGAUAUUGCAGAAUUUGAUUUAGCAUUAACAACAUGUAAUAUAGUUACACGUGGAGAAACAAUUCAACGUUCAACAACAUUACAAGAAUCACAAUCGACCAGAGAUGCCAUGGCAAAAGCUCGUAAGUUGAAAAUUAAUGAACAGGCAACUCGGACUUCUUUUUCUUCUGUUUUAGUUUAUAAUCGUUUAUUUUCUUGGAUUGUUAAUCGAAUAUCAGCACUUCUUGCACCGACAAAAGAUACUAUAAAUCCAAUAGCGGAUGAUGAAUCAAGUAUACAUUCUGCUCACGUCUAUAAUGCAAAUAAUAACAAUAACAAUAAUAAUAAUGAUGAUGAUGAUGAUCAACGAGAUGAAAGUGAAAAUGAAAUUGAUGAAAAUAUUUAUCAAGAAAAUACUUGUGAUCGACCCUCAACAAUCAUCACAUCAUAUCCCAUGCAACAAGCAUUUAAUUACUUAGAUAUGUCAUCGUCGUCAUCCUAUUUACUUCAGUUACCUUCAUCAGAAUUCGAUGAUAAUCUUUUAAAUACAAAUAACAAUAAUAAUAAUAAUAAUACGAAUAAUAACAAUAACAAUAAUACAAAUAAUACUCCAUUACCAACAGGCAAUCCAGUCGAUAAUCAUCGACCAUCAGAUAUAAUCAAUGAUUUAAAUAAUAAUAGAAUAAAUCUACCAUUAAAUAAUACACCAAUUAAAAAUUUAAUUGAAAAUUGGUCUAAAAUUGUUGCAUCAUCAUCAUCGAAUUGGUUACAAAUAGUUGAACAUAAAUCAAACAAUAAUAUUUUUUCAAAUAAAAUGAUUCCCGCAUCUCAUUCACGUUUUAAUUAUGCAAAUCGUGCUACAAGUGAAAACAAUUUAGCUUUGAGAAAAAAAUCUGUUGAAAACAAUGCUAAAAAACAUCAUCAAUCAUCAAAUAAUCUUCAAAUGAAUAAAAAAAUGCUUCCAUCGCCACUAUUACCUAGUCUAUCAGCAUUUCAACAAAAAUCUUCAUCAAUAAACCAAACAAAAUUUGAUGUCAAUGCGUCGAAAUGUUCCAAUAAGAAAAAUUCUAAUGAAACAAAUACAAAUGAUAGUGAAUUUGAUGCACUUAAAAUAACUAUUUUAGAUAUAUUUGGUUUUGAAAAUUUUUCAACAAAUACUUUUGAACAAUUAUGUAUUAAUAUCGCCAAUGAGCAAAUUCAAUAUUAUUUUAAUCAACAUGUUUUUGCAUGUGAACGACAAGAAUAUAUCAAUGAAAAUUUAAGUGUUUUACCAUUACCAGCCAAAAUUGAUUUUACUUUCUAUGAUAAUCGGCCAUUACUUGAAAUGUUUCUUAAUAAACCAGUUGGUAUAUUAGCAUUAAUCGAUGAAGAAAGUCGUUUUCCAAAAGCUACCGAUUAUACAUUAGUUGACAAAUUAAAUGCAAAUUUUUCUAAUUCGCCAUUAUAUAUUCGUUCGAAAUCAAGUUUUUCUUCUUGUUCACAAUAUUCAAUAUCAUCAUCAACACUUCAAUCUAUUCCAUCAUUUUCAAUAAUUCAUUUUGCUGGUCAAGUUCAAUAUGAUGCUCGUGGUUUUCUGGAAAAAAAUCGUGAUUAUCUAGCACCAGAAAUUAUUCAAGUUCUGCGUUCAUCACGUGUUCAGUUAGUUAGUUCAUUAUUUCAAUUGCCAUUAACAAAAACAGGUGCAUUGCAAGAAAAUUCAAAUGAAAAUUAUCAUUCACCCACUAUUGAGCCAUCAACAACUACUACUUUUGACUUGAAUAGUACAUUGAUACCAGUCAAUGCAAGUCACAACCGUGUACAAGCAACUGUUAGUACUUAUUUUCGUUAUUCAUUAGCUGAUCUUUUUUCAAAGAUGGUUCAUGGUUCACCAAAAUUUGUUCGCUGCUUUAAACCAAACAAUGAUCGCGUACCAGGUUGUUUUGAUGCUCCAACGGUUCUUGAGCAAUUGAAAUAUAGUGGAAUAUUAGCUGCUGCUAAAAUUCGUCAUUAUGGAUUUUCACAUCGUAUACCAUUUGCAAAUUUUAUUCAACGUUAUUCUAUUCUUGCCUAUCCAAUGAAUAUUGAUUUAACAUUAACACGUGAAACAUGUGAAAACAUUUUAUAUAAGUUAAAAAUGCAAAAUUGGACAACGGGUAAAAGUAAAGUAUUUUUAAAAUACUAUCAUGCUGAACAACUAUCACGUCUCUAUUCGGAUAUGAUACGUGCAAUAGUAACAAUACAAUCAUAUGUUCGAAUGCGUUUAGUACGUUCACGUUUUAAACAACGUCAAUAUAAACAUUCGAAUGAUAUGAUUAUACAAGAACUUCAUCGACAUCCAAAAUUUUCACGGUCAAAUAUUGAUGAUGAACAAUUAACAAAAGAAAAAGCUAUUAUUCAUAUUCAAUCAUGUAUACGUGGUUAUUUACAACGCUAUCGUUUCAGACGAAUGAAAAAUAGAAAACCAAAAGCAACAAAAUCCUAUGAAACAGCAGCAGCAAUCAUUCAAAAAUGUUACCGUGGUUUUGUUGUACGAAAAGCAUAUCAUAUUUAUCGCCAACGUCUUAAUACACAAAUAUUAUGUUUUUUACAGCAUAUUGAGUUGAUUAGUAAUGAAUUUUUUACAAAAACUGUUAAAACAAAUUAUUCAGUGCCAUUUAAAAACCUUGAACCUCGACCAAUCAAUAUGUUUCUCAAUAAAACAUUUACACAAAGAAUUUCUCAAUAUUUAUUUCCACCAUCUCCACCAUUGCCAGUACCAUCACCGUUUUCCAUGUUCUCACCUCCAUUACCACCGCCGGAUGCACCUACUUUAAUAAGACCAUCAAUGAUAACAUCGUCAAUUGCUCUUCCACCCCCACCGCCGUCAUUAUUUCUUGCUAUAAGACCAUCACCACAAGCUCGCCAUCAAGUAAUAACAACAAAUCGAUCACCAUCACCACCAACAGCUUCCAAAUUUGCUCAAGUCAGAGAUAUAUUUGCUCGUGCCGAAGCAGCAGCGGUUGCAGCUAAUGCACAUAAUUUUCAUUCUCAUCUUCAUCAUCAAGUUCCAAUCAAAACACAUAACCCAAAUCAACAUAUACCUUUAAUAAAUUCUUCAUCACAUCAAGUUUUACCUAUUGAAAGAAAUCGUAGUCCUAAACCAGUAACUGUUCUAAGUGCUGUACAAGAAUAUCAAAGACAACAUAUCAAUGCUAAUCAUAUAGGUCAGAAACGCUUUGGUGUUAUACCUGGUGGGCCACCUGUUAUUCAUAAUAAUCGUCCAAUUAAUAUCAAUGGAAAUAAUUAUAUCAGACCUCGUGGUAUUGGAGCAUUUAUUUCAAAUAAUACUAAACCUCUAUUCCAAAAUAAACAAACACCACCCGCCGUCAUACCUAGUUAUGUUUUACCAUCACCAAAACAACAAGUUCAACCAUCAAAACCAAUGUCACCGGAGCCUUCAUUAUCAACUCAACCGAAAUAUGCAUUUCAUAUUUUACUUCGCAAAACUGGUCAAGAUCUAAGUACAGGACAAACCCUAUCAAAACGACGGAUAAUCAGUGAAACAAAACAAAUUGAUUUUCGUAGUGUACUUAAAUCACGACAUUUACUAAACGCUGGAGGUGAUAAUGAAUCAAUCAUCAAACCGAACAGUGCAUUUCAUCAGCCAACAACAACUGUUGACAAUCGAAUACGAAUGAAUGAUCUUUAG